UUCGGGUUUAAAAAGUUGCACGAGACGAGCUGAAGAUCAUGAAACACGUUCAGGACAAAUGACCGCAACAGCACGCGUUUGUUACUUGUGUUCAGCACUGACGAGCUAAAAAAAAGUCGAAGCUAGCGACAUUCAGGGUAUCAAAUACAACCGAAGUAACGUUAUAUACGAGUGCUUUAGAAAAGCCUAAAUGUGGAAGCUGCUCUUCAGCAAGCGCUGCGUCCGCCAAUACAGCAACAGUCGGUUAUUUAAUACACAACUCUACAGCGAACAGAUUUGUGAUUUACAGAGCAAAUCAAAGCUGGUUUUAUUUGUUUUCUGUCAGGUUCAGGAUGGCAUCGGCGGUGAUCUCGGUGCCCACCACGGCGUCCCGCUUCGCUCUGCUGCAGGUCGACUCGGAUUCGGAGUCUGAUUCGGAUGCGGGGAAGCCGAAGGCGGGUCGUGGAGCAGGGAAGCCUCGCUCGGGGAAAUCUCCCAGCGGGAAGAACAACCAGAGUAACGACAAAAAGAAAGAGAAGAGAAGACGAAAGAAGGAACAGCAGCAGAGUGAAGCCAAUGAGCUCAGAAGUCUUGCUUUUAAGAAGAUCCCUCAGAAGUCAGCAGCACCUCCCUCCACACUCACGCUGCAGGAUUUAGCCAAUGAUCUGAUCACCCCGGCAGCGGUCCAGCGCGGCUCCAAGCCCCAGGAGAGCUGGCAGGAGUGGAAACAGAGAGAUGAACAGCUGACCAGUGACUUGUAUGAGGCGGAUCUGGAGAAGGCCUUGAUGCUCAGUAAAUUGGAAUUGGAGCAACAUAAAAAGGAUGCUGAAAGAACAGAGACGGCAUCACCCAAAGCAAAAGCAGGAGGAAAGAAGGACAGGAAGAAGAAUCAGCAGGGGAAGGACAAACGAGUCACUGUGUCUCUUAAAGACUUCCAGCAGGAGGAUCAGCUGAACAAGAAGCCUGAGAGAGAGCCUGUGAAUCCAGCGCUGUGUGAAGACAAGUUUUUCAACCAGCUGGAGGACGAUGUGAGCCGGAUCGUCCAGCGUGACAAGCGCAGAGAGCAGUACAGCAACAGCGCCGGCCACGAGGUCAACACCUCCUCUGAGCAGGAGCAGGACGUGAGAACUGAGCAGUUAAAAUAUGAACUGGAAAAAAAAGACCAGGAAAUUGUAAAGCUGAAAAAGACAAUUUCACAAUGGGAGGAAAGAUAUAAGGAAGUGAAGGCCAGAAACAAUCAGCUGCUUAAAAUGCUUCAACAGGGAGAGAUGAAGGACAAAGCUGAAAUCCUGCUGCAGGUGGAGGAGCUCCAGAACAUUAAAGAAGAGCUGUCCUCGCAGGUGACACAAUUACACACCGCUCUGGAGCAAGAGAGGUCAAAAGUGAAGGGCCUGCAGUCAGAGCAACCCAAACAUCAGGGGAACCGGAAGGGUAAAAAAGCAUCAGAUGGGGACGGAUGAAGAUGCACGUUGGAGGACAGACAGCUUGAAUGUUUCAGCUCUUUUGUCAAGCUGCUCAUGUCUUUAAUGUCUGUUGGAAACCCCACACACUCUUCACCGAACUUACACCAUCACACACACAUUCUCCUGCUUAUUGCUGCGUCCUUCUGUUCCCCUGAUCAGUGACUCGUGAGAAGUUCUGUGUCUACACUGUAGAAUAAAUCUCUGCAUUAUGAAUCAAAGGCGUACAAUCCUGAGUUCUUUUCAAUAAAGAUGCUAAUCUA